AUGUCUUCUUUUCAGCAUAAUCAAUAUCUCACCGAAACAAUAAACAUGGUCGUUCGAAUCCGAUUGGCACGUCAUGGCAUCAGGAAUCGACCAUUCUAUCAUAUAGUUGUAGCCAAUUCAAAAUCUCCUAGGGAUGGAAAGCAUUUAGAAAAAUUAGGUGUCUAUGAUCCGAUUCCUGGACCCGACGGUGUCAAAUCUAUUGAAUGGAAAGAGGACCGAAUCAAAUAUUGGUUGACCGUCGGUGCUCAACCCAGUGAUACAGUGGCUAGACUUUUGUCCAGGGCGGGUAUUCUUCCACCUUUGCCAAAAACAUUUAUCAAGCCAAAGAGAAUGUCCGUGAAUUUGCCUGAUGCGGCAAAUGAAAACAAACCUCAGGAAGUGGAGGUGUCACCCGACGAAAAACAGACCACUGUUGCCCAAGAUUCUUCAUAA